GCCCCAGCCCUCCGAAAACGCAGCCGAGGUGCCUGAGCUGCCAGCCGUCUCAAAGCGCCCCCCAUUCAAGCUCCGCAAAGGACUCACCAACUCACCACAGCAGUGGGUGGCCAGCGGUUCCUCCCCACACCGCCGGGAUGGAGAGUCGGCAGCACAGCACCACCAAGGAGCCUGAGAUUGAGCUGUUUGUGAAGGCUGGUCUGGAUGGAGAAAACAUUGGAAACUGCCCCUUCUGCCAGCGCCUCUUCAUGGUGCUGUGGCUCAAAGGGGUCAAGUUCAAUGUCACCACAGUGGACAUGACCAGGAAACCUGAAGAAUUGAAAGAUUUAGCGCCGGGCACCAACCCACCCUUCUUGCUGUUCAACAAGGAACUGAAAACAGACUUCAUUAAGAUUGAGGAGUUCCUGGAGCAGACCCUGGGCCCACCCACGUAUCCACACCUGAGCCCCAAGUACAAGGAGUCCUUUGACGUGGGGAGUGACAUCUUUGCCAAGUUCUCGGCGUACAUCAAGAACCCACGCAAGGAAGCAAAUAUCAGUAAGAAAUACUUCGAGAAGGCCCUGCUGCGGGAGUUUCAGCGGCUGGAUGUCUACUUAAACACUCCCCUCCCCGAGGAGAUUGACCAGGACAGCAUGGAGGACAUCACUGUCUCCAAGAGGAAAUUCCUGGACGGAGACCAUCUGACAUUGGCUGAUUGCAACCUCCUGCCCAAACUGCAUAUCAUCAAGAUUGCAGCCAAAAAGUACCGUGACUUCGAGAUCCCAGCGGACAUGACGGGCGUCUGGCGCUACCUCAACAAUGCCUACGCCUGUGAUGAGUUCAGCCACACAUGUCCCGCAGAUGAGGAGAUAGAGCACACCUACUCCAGUGUCUCCAGGAAGAUGACCUAACGCCACUGUGGGGUGCACCAGCGGCACUGCCCCUGGCCGAGCCCUCCACCUCCACAGUCCUGACACAACCAAACCCUGGCUGAAGGAGGGACUGGAGGGGGUUUAUGGCAUGGCUACCCUUUGCCUUUCAGAAAUAGCGCCUUGCUUCACAGCUCCCUGCUGCUCUCUCCUCCUUCUCCUCCUCCACUGGCUGGCUGCAGCCCCCCUCCACCAUCAGUGCUGACCGCACAUAUGGAUGGGUUCCUGCAUGGCUGCAGUGGCAACCGCAUCCCUACUUCCCAGAAAUGGGUCUCACAGCCUGUGACCACGUGCCACAGGAAAAGCAGAGCACUAGCCUUCCACAGCGGCACUUUGGUGGAAGAGAUGAGACCUCACUCCAAGAUGGCUGGGCCAGCCCUGCCUCUGCAUCGGCUGUUGGAGCUGCUGUGCUCUGCCAGCCCUGCGCGGUCCCAGCCAUCCCGUGCAUUUGGGAAGAGUCAUCCCAGGAUCCCAGUGCAUCACCUGGGCUGGAGCUGUCUGAAUUUGCCUGGUCGCCCUUCUGCACAGCACCCUGCAGCCUGCAUUUGGGCAAGCCCUCUCUUCCACCAAGGCAUCCAGGCUCCAGCUGAAGACACCGAAAGGCUCUGUCCCCAGUAGUUUGUCACAGUGACAAGUUGCUCUCACUGCCAGAGAGUUGCUAUGUGCAUCUAUCUCCCUGUUAGGACAUGGGGGCAGGUGCCUGGCAUGAAAAGUACCAGGACCUGCUGUGGGAGGGAAAAAGGGAUGCAGGGUCUUGCAAAGGGCUGAGGAUGGAGGGCUGAGAAUCAGGGCAUCCCUCCCAUGUGCGCCAGCACCCAGGGCCAUGUGCUGCUGGCUGCAAGGUCUCAUGUGGCUCCUGUGAGGUACUAAAUCUCUCCCUGCCUUGUUGGACAUCACAGGAGAUGGAGCCAUGGGCAGCUGUAGCUCCACCACUCCCUUCCCGGUCCACACAAACACUUCAGGUGCCUGACUGGGAGACAGAAGCACGGGGUAGGACAUCUGCUGGUUUCCACACCGCAAUACUGGGCAGCCUAAGCGAGCAGGCAAAAGCUGCUUUGCAAAGCGCUUUGUCUGUAGGAAAUAUGUGGGCAGGUUUAGUGCUCCCUGGCUCAGCAUUGUGCCUUUCCAAUGUUGCUGAUGCAAGAGGAGUCAAAGCUGCUCUGCACAGCCAUGACAUCCCAUCCUCCUCCAUCCAAUACCCCCAGUUCCCCCAAGGGCUCCUGGUAGAGCAUGUGAACUCAACCAGCCCCGUGGGCAAAAAAAUACUGUACAGUGAGUGUGGUGGGUCCUGCCAGGACACGGUGACAGCAGACCCCCCCCCCUCCAGCCCUCACUGCCAUUUCCCUCUGCACUAAAAGGUGUGUCCUUGCAAGCCUGUAUCUGAUAGCACUGGGUUUGGGGACUGGUUUUGUUAUUAAUGGGUUUUGGUUUGUUUGGGUUUUUUUUAAACUAAAACCAGCAAUAAACUAUAUUGUAAUAUGC